CGAUGCUCACAUCCGUAUCUUGAAGCGCAGUCCUUCAAUCAAAAGCCCGUCUCCGUCGUCAUACCCCCGUAUCCGCUGUUAGCGGAUCGUCAAAAUCCCCUUUGCCAAGGUACUUUAACUUGGUCAACAAAGCCGUCCUUGCGAGGUGGUGGACUUUUCACGCUCGACUUUGACAGACGACCUGAGGAAAGGAUAGAUAGAGGUUAUGAAUGAGGGAGUGGCACAGCAAUCGCGUCCUGGAUGAUAGUAGUGAUAAGUGCAUGAGUGCAGGUUCAGGUGCAAAGAGUUUUUUCGACCCUUUCCCUAGUCUUUCACCAUUCGCUAAAUAAUUUAAUCAAACCGAUUGGAGAUGAGACGAAGAAGGGCGGCGUGGAUACCGCUGGUGUUGUCUUUCGUCAUCACCGUUCAGGCUAUCCUUGCUGUUCCACAUCCGGGAAGGGCGGCUCAUUCGAGACUCGCUCAUCGUAAUGAUGGCAAGCAGGCCUUGAGGACGACAGAGGAGCAGAGAGAUCUCUUGGAUUUAUUUGUCAAUGGCCCCGUGAACUUGACCAUUGGUUCGACCACUUCAUCGAUCUCUUCUUCCUCUACGUCUUCAACUUCUUCUAUCACUUCGGAAACUCCCAGCAAGGUUUCUAGUUCUUCAACGUCUUCAGCCCCAGAUCUUGGCGCACCAACCUUUGCCCUUUCUUCAUCGACCUUGACAUCAUCGAGUACCUUGUCGUCGAAGACCGUCACGCCGUCUUCUUCAAUCAGCUCCUCGUCUGCUGCCAAUGCGGUCGCUGAAGUAUCAUCAUCAAAGGCCAGCUCUAGUACCUCGACUACU